UGUUUUGUAGCUCCAACUAAUAACACCUAUCGGCAUUCAUCCACUACAUUUAAAAGCUCCACUUCCUCAAUCCUCCAUUUCUCAUCUAUCUUCAACUUUCUAUUUUUUGAUAUGAGGUUGCCGGAGUUUUGGUUGCUGAUGAUUCUGGCCGGAGUCUUCGCCGGAGCCAUGGAAAUUGCUCAUGCAUAUGACCGGCCUCCGCCAAGGCAGGACUUUGCUGUAUCAGUCGCCGCGUAUGCUGAUCCGACCACUCCACAACAAGUUCAUGUAUCUUUAGCUGGUGAAAAUAAAAUGAGAAUUUCAUGGAUUACAGACAAACAUACUCCACCCAUCGUAAACUACGGUACAUCUUCAGGGAAAUACGAACACUCAGCUACCGGGGUAAUUUCGUCUUACGAGUAUGUAACUUACAUUUCUGGUGAAAUACACGACGUCGUAAUUGGCCCAUUGAACCCAAACACAGUCUAUUAUUACUCUUUUGCCACUGGUUCAUCUUCAACCCCUGAAUACUCUUUCAAAACUCCUCCGGCGCAAUUUCCGAUCAAAUUUGCUGUUUCAGGUGAUCUUGGACAAACUGGAUGGACGAAAUCGACACUCGAACACAUCUCGCAAUCAAAUUACGAUGUGUUUCUGCUUCCCGGAGAUUUGGCUUACGCCGAUAGGAUUCAGCCGUUGUGGGACUCAUUCGGCCGCCUGGUGGAACCGCUAGCGAGCCAACGGCCGUGGAUGGUGACACAAGGCAACCACGAGGUUGAGAAAAUUCCGGCCAUCCACCACACUCCGUUCACCGCCUACAACGCCAGGUGGCAUAUGCCGUUUGAAGAGAGCGGAUCCACGUCUAAUUUAUACUACUCGUUUGAGGUCUCAGGCGUCCACGUCGUCAUGUUGGGUUCCUACGCCGAUUUUGGAUAUGGAUCUGACCAAAUUCGAUGGUUGGAGUCUGAUUUGAAGAAGGUUGAUCGGAGGAAAACGCCAUGGCUGGUUGUGAUUGUUCAUGCUCCAUGGUAUAACUCUAACUACGCUCAUCAAGGGGAGAAAGAGUCGGUCGAUAUGAGGGUAAUGAUGGAGGGAUUGCUUUACAAAGCUCGUGUAGAUCUCGUUUUUGCAGGACAUGUUCACGCUUACGAGCGAUUUAAUCGUGUUUACAAUCAAGAAACUGAUAACUGCGGGCCGAUGUAUAUCACAAUUGGGGAUGGAGGAAACCGAGAAGGUCUUGCUUCCAAGUAUAAAGAACCACAGCCAACGAUAUCGGUAUUUAGGGAAGCGAGUUUUGGGCAUGGUGAACUUGAGAUUGUUAAUGGAAGUUAUGCAAAGUGGUCGUGGCAUAGAAAUGAUGACGAUGAAUCAUUUGAAUCUGAUUCUGUUUGGUUAAAAAGCUUUGCUUCUGAUACAACUUGUAAAGCAAAUAAAAAAUGAUGUCUUCAUCAUUAUAAAAAUUAUAAAACUUAACGUUCCAAAAGAAAUACAAAAGGUUUAUAAUGUUACUUCAUGACAAAA